AUGGCAACCAAAGUAGUAGCAAAUAGUACUGCUGGUCAAGCAGUAUUUAGAGGAGAUGGUAUUAGAGUAUAUGGUUUGGAUGCAGAGUUAGAGUUGAAAGCACAAUCAAAGAGAGAUCCACAAUAUGAAAAGGAGUUGGGUAAAUGGAUUGAAGGUGCUACUGGAAUGAAAUUAGAGUAUCAAGAUGAUUUGAUUGAAUCGUUGCGAAGUGGUAUUGUCCUAUGUACACUGGUCAAUAUAUUGUUGCCAGAGACCAUUAAAAAGAUUAAUGUCAAACCAAUACCUUUGAUGCAAGUCGAAAAUUUGACAAUGUAUCUAAAGGCGUGUUGGAAGAUUGGUGUUCCCUCGUCUGACCUAUUUGUCACAUCGGACCUCUACCAGAAAAAGAAUAUUAAUUCAGUGUUGCAGAAUCUCGCGUCGUUGGCUAGAGCCUCACACAAUUGUCCUGCUUACAAGGGUCCUUCUUUUGGUCUAAAACCAUCGGUUGCACCACCCGUCAAGAAAUGGGCUGAAAUUAAAAUCGGUCAACCCAUCAUGAUCACUGAUCUCGAAGCUGAAGGUUAUGGUAGCAGUAAUAAUAGUAGUGCCAAUACAUCAAUGAAGGACUUCUGUGUGUCGUGUGGUACCCAAAAAUCAUGUAACAAAUGUGACCAUGUUGAUACUGAAAUUAUUACUUUUAAACAACAAGUUAAAGUAUUGGAAAAAGAAAAAGAAGAUUUGGUUGUGAAGAUUGAUAGAUUAUUAAAUGAUACGUCAAGUAGAAAUGGAGUGUCUGACAAGGAGAAACAAGUGAUGGAAUCAAAGAUUGAUACAUUGAAUCAAAUGAUAAAAGAUCAAUCUUUUAAAGUUCAAUCUUUACAUGAUACUAUUGAAAGUCAAAAGAAACAAUUUAAUCUAAAAGAGGUUGAAUUAAAAUUGGUUAUCGAUAAACAAAAGUUAUUAUUGGAUCAAAAGGAAAUUGAUUUAAAUUCUUUAAAAAGAAAUAGUACAAGUACAGUAGUAACACCAACUACAAAUUCAACACAACCAACAACAACAACAACAACAACAACAGUAGAGUCAAAUCCAUUUAAAAGAAAUACAGUACAAUUUAAUCAACCACCUGUACAAAAUGCCAAAUCAACAUUUGGAGGUGUUGUAGUAUCAACAACAAAUGAAUGUAUUCAUUGUAAACAUAGUAAUAGUAAAUUGGCUAAAUAUUGUACAUCUUGUGGUAAAGAAUUGGUUGCCAUUAAAUCUCAAACAACAAUACCAAAUCAACUAAAUAUUAAUAAUCAACCAAAUAACAAUAAUAAUAAUGUACCAACAAAAGAACAAAUUAUUGAAUCAAUUUGGUUUAAAUCGUUAAACAAGGAAAAGGAUGAAUUGGGUGAAAGAUUAAAAUCAAUGUUGGUAUCAAUGAAACAAUAUGAAGAUACUGUUGCCAAGUUGAGUAGAUCAUUGGCCGAUGAAAAACAAUCCAUGGAUAAAAGAAUACUGGAACAAAAACAAAUCAUUGAUCAACAAGAAAGACAAUUGCAAUCAAAGGAUAGAGAAAUUAAACAAUUUAAUAAUAAUAAUAUUAAUAAUAACAAAUCAACUACUCCUCCAUUACCAUCAACCAAUAAUGUUUCAGGAUCAUUUAUUAGAGAUGGUGAAAAAAGAUUUACAGUUCAACUUAAUACUGGUCUAAAUAGAGGUGGUGCAGGUCCUGGUACAUACAAUAAUAGAGAUAGAUCUGAAACUUCUCCACCACUAUAUUCAACCAAUAACAAUAAUAACAACAACAAUAAUCUAGUUAGACCAACUUCACCUACUUUAUUAUCCUCUCCUUCUUCAUCUACUUCUACAGGGGAGAUUGAAAAAUUAAAAUUAUUAUUAAAACAAAUGGAGAGUAAUUUACAAGAAGAAAAGAAUAAGAGUAAAUUAAAGGAUGCAACUAUACAAACAUUGGAACAAAAACUACAAACUAUUCAGUCACGUCCAAGACCACGUAGGCCACUAUAUCCUAAUGAACAGCCACAACAACCACAACAACAUCAUAUUAUGGUUGGUAGAAAGAGAUUUAAUACAUUAACAGCCGAUACAUUGGAUAAUCGUUUGGUAGAGGAUACGUUCAAAUGUGUCAACAAUAUCCUAUUUUCACGUCCCGUUGAAUUUUACGAGGUUUCAUCAUUGAAUGAUUUGUUCAAGACUGAACAGGGUAGACGUCGUUUCUCACAGAUCCUACAUGUCACUUUGAAACAAGUACAAAAUAUUGUCUUGUCAGAGAGUUCAUUUGAAUUCCUACUCUACCUAGUCAAUACCACACUUCAACAGAUGGAUAUUAGCAAGGAUACUGACAAUAUUACAGCCAAGAUUAUGUUGCAUGCAUCCAAUAGUUUGUAUCGAAUUUGUGGUAAUGGCGAGCAAGAAUACAUCAAAGACUAUAUCCGUAGUGCACAGGUAUGGCAAAACAUUCGAUUGUGGGAGGACUACUUUUACGAACUGUUGGCCAAACGUCAUCGUAAACGUUAUGACAAUGCAGUUGACAAGGUAGACAAUGAAAUUGUUUCCAAUCUACUCAGUUACUUUGCCGUCAAUAUGGUUCAUUUCCAAGUCCCACUUGCCACCAUUCAAACAUUCCUUACAGAUCUCGCUAAAUUUAAUGGUCUUUCUCAAUCUGAAGCAAAUACAAUUUUGGAAUUUCUUAAACAAUCUUCAAACAAACAAAAGGUCGGUGGUCGAGUAGGUGUAAAUAAUAAUAGUAAUAAUAGUAAUAAUAAUAAUAAUAAUAAUAAUAAUGAUAGUUGGCACAAAGAAUAUAAUAGAAAAGCUCGUCCUCAUGUCAUUGAAAUCUUACUAAUGGCAUUUCAAGAUAGAGAUACGAGAAUCAAGAUAUCACCACAACUCUUAAAAAGAGUAAAAAAAGAGAUACCAGAACAUUUGAACCGAUAUUCACAUGUUUGUUAUCAAUGCAAGGUAUCAAUCAUCGAUCUCUGUGAAAACAUUCUUAUGAUCGCACAUAUUAUGAAAAAAGAUGGUGAUGGUGAAUGGACUGAAUUGAUCGAAUUUAUACUCUAUAAUACCGAUCACGAAAUUUGUAGUCGUAGUUCAGACAUUGCAUUCAUGCUAUUGAUUCUAGCCGAUAAAUUCAAGUUUGAAAUGAAAAAGAUCAAUAUCAACAGUGUAAUAUGUAAUAGCUUGGAGGUGAUGAAUGGUUCCACUUGGGAUUAUGAUCCAAUUGUAGAGACCUUGUCUAACGAUUCAUAUUUUAAAUUUUUACUUCCAAUACUUUAUUCUUUACAAGGAGAGGCAAAGGUAGAAGCUUCAGUUGAAUUUAUUUCAUUAGUCUCGUCGAAAUUGGAUAGCAACAAAAUUAAACAAAUGUUUUAUGAAGAAAAGCUAUUGGAUAUUCUUUUAACUGCAGUACAACGACCAAUGGGAUAUUAUCGAGAUAGAGUUAGAGACUUUUCCGAUAUGUUAGAACCAAUAGAUGAAAUUAUUCGUCCACAUUGUAUAUUAAUAGUAUCGUUAUUGUUGCUCAUCGGAGUGAUUGUAUCAUGUGGUGUUGUUGCAUCAUCACCGUCAUCAUCGCACAACACAAGAAUCAGAGUAGAUGAUCAACAACAAGAGUUUACUGAAGAGGAUGAUAGCACUAGUCAAUGGUUCUCGAUACUCGAAUCAUCAAACAAAAUAGUAUCUGGUAAAUUUGUAAAGGGUUCAUCUGCAUCGGGAUACUAUAAAGAUGAUGUAAUGAAAGAUGGAUGGGGAAAAUUGUCGAUUGAAACGGUCAGUGGAGACGACUCUGUCAUCUUUGAGGCAGCAGGUUAUCUCGAAGGUUACUUGACAUGGCAACACAUUUACAACUUUACCAACAACUAUUAUGCAGGUCAAUUCAACACGACCAAUCCCAAAGAGUUCCCUGCUUCGGUGUGGAACUAUGUGAUUGCAAACUAUGAAUGGACCGUUGCUCAGGUCAAGGCCAACCCAUCGGACACGUACUGGCAACAGGUCAACAACUCGCUGCUGCAGCUUAAUGGUCUGGUCGCUGGAUACAACUCGGCUGCCGACGAUGACAAGCAGUUCACGUUUAUGGACUUUGUCAUGGUCAACCUGAUUGGGGAUAUUGGCGACAUUGUGGCCGCUGUCAACGGCACCAACACUGAGUUUGCACCCAUGUCACGUACAGACGUUGAAAAGUAUAUGGCAACAACCGGCAGAUGCUCUGCGUUGGUCAAGGUGACACCCGACUUUUCCGAUCUGUUUGUGGCACACACUACAUGGGGUAGCUAUUACAACAUGCUGCGUAUCUUUAAGCACCUACAACCCAAUACACUGUGGAUUAUCGAGCAAAUGCCCGGUGCUUGCGUGUCGGCUGAUGUGACCAACUACCUUGCACUUGGAUACUGGCCCUCUUACAACCGUCCAUUCUUCCCCGAGGUAUUUGAAGCUAUGGGAUACCCAUGGUACCUCAACAAGUACGGCGACAUCUUUUCCUACCAACUCAACCCACGUUCCAAUAUAUUCCGUCGUGACCAGAGCUCUGUCUACUCGCUCACCGACAUGCAGGCCAUCAUGACCUCCAACAUGUAUCGUGUCGAUCCCUUCUCUGACGGGUAUCCAGGUAAUGCCAUAGCCUCCCGGUAUGACCUCGGUGGCGGCCCACCCAUCCUGGACUGGUAUUACAAGGGUGCCCACGGCGCCAUCGACAGCAAGAUCACAUCCAGCUCGCUUGUUCCAAAUCUCGAGUGUGUUGCAAUCAGCGGUCCACCAGUCACUGGAGACUGUCCUCCAUUCUCUUGGUCAAACGGAUGGGAGAACAUCCCUCACGAUGGUCUUCCCAAUACUUUUGAUUUCCCUUGGGUUCCAAUUAAAUUAUAA